AUGGGGAACGAGGAUGGCGAGGGAAUGGCGGGUUCGGACCCGGCUGCUUCUUGGCAGCAGUGUUACACCUGGUGUACGCCGUACUCGCAUUCUCACCCUCAUCAUCCUCGUCAGUAUCAGGGCAGCCAAUAUCAGCAACUACCAGGAAGCGCUUCCGCCGCGACAAAUGCUUCCACCCACUAUCCAUCUUCCCAGCAGCAUCAUCUACAAUUGCAAAAUACCCAGCCGCCAUCUCUGGAUCAGCAACAACAUUUUCACCCUAUUAGAGGACAGGGCGGACUUCGGAGAGCCGUUCCUUAUGACGAAUCAGGUAUCCGCGUGCAGCGAAUUGUUACAAUAUCGAUCCCUAUCUUAAUGAAAAGAAACAAGGCAAUUUCGUGCGGAUUAAUGCAAGCUUAA